ACUUGAUAGCGCGUACACAUCGAGCGGGGAAAAUGUCGUACCGCAAUGAGCCGGUGGAGCGUAUUCCAUAUAUAAACCCACGGGCGUUCCAUUGCUUCUCCGUCGACAUUGCCGGGUCGCACCUGCACCACUUGGGCCUGGCCCCCUUGCACCUGGACCGCGUCUACCGCAGCCCCAGGUUCGCGCACGGAGGACUGCGCUACUACCCGCGUCCCGGCCCGCCGAGCGCGUGCGAAUACUCGCUGCAGCCCGCGUUCAUCCGGAAGAGGAACGAGAGGGAGCGCCACCGGGUACGGUGCGUCAACGAGGGGUACGCGCGGCUCCGGGAGCGCCUGCCGAGGGAGUUCGACGACAAGCGGCUCAGUAAGGUGGAGACCCUGCGGGCCGCCAUCGACUACAUCAAGCAUCUGCAGGGACUGUUGGACGUGAGCGCAGACGGGACGUCGCUGGAAGCUGGCCACAAACGGCCUAAAUGUCGUGAGGACAUCAGAUACUAGUUUUUGCAAAACAUCACCGAGGACGUGAAAUAUUAUAUCGGGCAAAAAGUGGGUGCAGUAUAUUGUUUUUGCAGGAACACAGAACAUAUUUUAAAGCCACUUCUCUGAUCUUCACUGAUGAAGGAAGGAAGACAAAGUCAUUUUCGGCAAAGGAAGGAUGCAAAAUGAAAAGAUGGGCUGAGGGGAAGUGAAAAUGGAAGAGGGGAUGGAGGGACGGAAAAGAAAUAGCAAGUGGAAAGAUGAAAAAUAUUUAACGUGUCUGAGGGAGGGAAGGAAGGAAGGAAGGGGGGUUGGAAAGUACAUUUCAGUGGAGGAAUGAUAAAAGCAAAGAUAAAUGGCAACUCUGAGCAAUUAAAAGCAAGUAAAAAGAAAAGAUAAUAUUCUGAAGUGUAUACGAUACGCUGUACCUACUUUUGGCCCAUCCUUGAAUAUGCUAAACAGUAAUGUACAUCUUUCUGUACGUCAUGUAAUUUAUCUUUUUGAAAGUAACAAAUAAUACAUGGAAUUCAUAGGUGUCAAACCCAAGGCCCGGGGGACCAGAUGUGGCUCGGAAAAGGAAACUUCCGUGAUGCUUGCUAAAAUAUGAUCAAAAAUUCAUCAAUAAUGUUGAAAUAUAGCAUUUUUUUUCUGCUACCAAAUUUUUAUAGGAAUUUAAUUAAUGGUUGAGGAAACUAUUCUGUCAUGUCAUAUUUCUGCUGUGGUACUUUAUUUCAUGUAUGUUCCGAUAAAAAGGGUUGUGAGUCGAAUACCUCAACUUUUAGAUGCCAAACGUGAAUAAUGAAUAAUAUUUUGCAAUUUGAGACUCUUGAAUCCCAAUCCAGUCGUCCGUUUGAAGCGCAUGCGGCACGACGGCGGCAGGAUGUUUUUCUCUUCCCGCCGACGCGGACCUGCACGGAAGCCACGAAAAACCCACAAAAAUGGCAAGGAAAAAUAAAACACGAUAUUGUACAUUGUAAGCACGGGAUUUGGAUAGACCCGCAUCGGGCGCCGUCGAGCCGAACCGUAGCUCAAGGCCUAUCCAAAACAAAGUUCUUCGGCGUGUGAAUUUAGACCUGCGGUAAGUCGUCAAGUGCUGGUACCCUGGGCUUGAUGGUUCAGUUGCGCUGUGAAGGUAGAGAAUAUGAAGCUACUUAAAUGAAAGCUUCCUGCAGAAUGGAUGUUUUUUUUUUUUUUUUGGGGGGGGGGGGGACAUGCACGAGCUGAUUUUAAUCAGAUUUCUUACAGGAAGUGUGCAAAUGUGCUUACUAGGGCAUGGCUGAGAGGUGAGACAUUUAUAUCAUGAUAUAUUUUGGAACCCCCCCCCCCACACACACACACACCGACCCCCCUCCCACCACCGGACUGGAAUGCAGUAAAAAAGGCACAUGCUCCAAUUAUUAAUAAACUCCUUAAAGUAGGCAUACUGGCAUUCGACAAGCUUUUUAAAGCAAGCAUAGCAUAGUAAUAUUGCAUUUAUAAUUGAAAAAAAUAAAAAUACAAAGGGGUGGGGGUGAUUCCCGUAAACUGGCGCGAUGAGCGGGCGAGAUAAAGUUUAUCAGCGGAGCUACAAUCAGUACAGGACCACCAGGACGAGUCGGCGUGUCGAGGCAGAGAGCCCACAUGCGCGGGAAGGGGACAGAAACGGAAAAACAAGAACUCGUGGAGCUGAUACUUCGUACGCAUUAUGAUGGACACUCUGAAUACGAUUCUAGCCGUGUGCCGUAAUUCUCGGCCUACAGUGCUCACCUCGUUAUAAGCCUCACCGAGUACAUUUGUAAAGGAAAUACCAUUUGGUACAUACGUACGCCGCAGCUGUGCAAAAGCCGCAAGUGCCCACAGUGAAACAUGAGAUAUUUACAAAGAAGGUCGGUACACAGAAUUUAAUGCUAGCUCUGCGAUAAUGCUAACGGUAGUGCGGCGAUAGCACAGCGAGCUAACGCUUAACAAAGCAACAACACGGUAGCACAAACAGGGCCGGUUAAAAAAAAAAAAACAGACGAGUAAAAAUCACUGAGACACGCGAGUGACAUGCUAGCGCAGCGCUAACAGGGCUGGCCCGAUAAAAGUCACUUCCUCAGCACGUAUA